UGGAGAGUUCCAGUUGUGUUUCGUCGUUCUCGGGACAACCUACUGCCUAGUCUUCUUCUUCCUUCGGUUUCAAAACUCAAUUUCUUUCGCAUGGGAACUUUUUAAAACGCGUUCGAAAAUUUCUCAGGGCUCCUUCUUUUUAUUUCCAGUCCCGUCGAAGAUCAAAUCCGGAGAAAUGACCACGAACAUUUGUGGACGGCAUAAACAUUUCAGAAACCCCAAUCGGUCUCGUUCCGUGUCAAUUUAGUCAAUGGGUUUGAAACCGACCGAAUACAAGAAAAGAGUUUUAUUUUAAAGGAGUCACAGAGUCAAUACUGAGUAUAACUAAAAAGGUAUAAUAAAUAUGGCGUGAUGAACGAAGAAGAAUUGGUGCAACGAGCUGCUGAUGAACGUGCAGCAAUCGUUGCCAAAUAUAGACUUGGUAGGAGAGAUGGAGCCAAGAUUGAUUCCUGGGAAGAGCCGACAUUCGAAAUAUACCAUGUCCUCGACAGAUAUGGGUUUAUUCACGACAGGAAUAAACAUUACAGUGAUGAGAGGAUCACCGAAUCAGCUGGCCCGGCUGAGAUCAAGAUUGAAAGGGAAAGGGAGAAAAAAUGGCUCAAGAUGCUCUCCCAGUGGAAUCUGGUCUCCGGGACGGAAAAGCUCAAACGAAGGGUCUUCAAAGGAAUACCAAACAGUUUAAGAGGGAAGGCAUGGAUGCAGAUACUCAAUCUGGAAAAUCUCCGCAAAGAUCAGCAUGGAAAAUAUCAGGAGAUGCGAGAACUUGCUUGGAAAUGGUCACCUGAUAUUAGACAAAUAGAUUUGGAUGUAAAUAGAACAUAUCGUGACCAUAUUAUGUUCAGGGAACGCUACAAUUCUAAGCAACAGGAGCUGUUCAAUGUUCUCGGUGCUUAUAGUAUGUAUAACUUGGAAAUUGGCUAUUGCCAAGGGAUGUCGCAGAUAGCAGCACUUCUACUUAUGUAUUUAGAUGAAGAGGAUGCUUUCUGGGCUUUGUCAAUAUUAGUUUCGGAUAAAAGAUACAAUAUGCAUGGUUUCUUUAUUCCCGGAUUCCCUAAAUUAUUGCGUUACCAGGAACAUCAUGAUAAAAUCAUGCAUAAAUUUUUGCCUAAAUUAAAAAAGCAUUUGGACAAAAAUGGUGUUGAUACUGGAAUAUAUACAUUAAAAUGGUUCUUUCAAUGUUUUUUAGAUAGGAUACCUUUCAGAUUGACUUUAAGAGUAUGGGACGUUUAUUUAAUGAUAGGGGAAAGAGUGCUGACCGCUAUGGCUUACAACCUGUUGAAAUUACACAGACGAAAGUUAAGUAGCAUAGGGAUGGAUGAUAUACUUCAUUUCCUUCAAGUGCAUUUAGAAAAAAAGUUCGAAGUAGAUGAUGAUGUAGCCAUGGAAAGUCUUGCAAGGUGCUUAGAAGAACUGCGGAAAAGUAAAUUGGAUUAUGCAGGGCUACCACCUCCACAUGAGCUUCCGAAACAAGCAUUCGGAAUUUUUAAAGAGCCUACCUUUGAACAAAAGGUUGGUAGACGAAGCAUGGAGUUCAGUAAUGUUGAGAAAUCUGCUCGUGAAAGUGUCAUACUUAGAAGGGAUACGGCUGCAGCCGCUGCGCUGGUUGACUCUCCGACUCAAGAAAUCGCUCCAAACGGUCACGCCAGACAUUCCCACGAUGAGACGACACUCCCUGGUUCCAAAUUUUCCCUAGAACAAAGCAUGGAUGAUGGAAGUUCAUUACUCGGUGAAGGCUCUCAUAGGUCAUUAGCUGAAACGAGCAUCACUUCAACGGCAGAUCUAUCGGUAUUCAGUUCUGCGCCAAGAUCUCAGGCAGCCGACACACACAGUUUAGACACAGAUCAAGGUUCCGGCCCACCGACUCCAACCCCUAGGUCUCCUGAUGUUUUGCGCAUCUAUGUGCCGUCUCCUCCAACGAAUGGUGAUAUUACACGCCCUCCUAAUCUUGACAAUAAGAUUCGUAUUCUUGUUAUGGACCAGACACCUCAAGAGGAGAAUACCCCCCUUGUUGAACUGGCGUCUCCUUUCCAACCUAUAGACCUAAAAUGAACUAUAGUUUCUCUUAACUUCUCUUCAUGGGUGUCUUUAUAGGUCUGAUAAUUUUUGUGAUAGUCUUUUAAAAAGAUAAAAUAUCCUUUUGUUAUAGAUUAGAUGCUAAUUAGGUGCCAAUUUUUUUAUUCGGGAUUAAUGAACGUUUUUCUACUUCAUGAUGUUUUAUUUUCUUAAAGGAGGAAAAAUUGGACUCAAAAAUUAAAACUUAUUGAAAAAUAGGUUGUAAUAUCUUUUAAACAAGUGGCACAAAUAUUUCAAAUGCGUACAGUGGUUUGGUUUUAAAUUUAUUGGUGCUAGUUUGCAAUACUGUAUUGUACGAAAUUGACAUAUACUGAAACAAAAAGAAUGUAUACAAUUGUAAAAAGAGCUAUGUUGCACGAAGGUGGUCACCCACAGUUGCUUCUAGUCACCUAACAACGAUCAAUAAAUGAUCUUAAAUGUAGCUUGUGUGCAAUAAAAUUAUCCUUUUAGUUAAACACAAAUUUUGAUAUUAAACGUGAUUUAUAUAUAUCAAUCAUUCCAUUCAUAUUAAGCAUUUAUAUAAUCAUUCCAUUAUUUUGAUUAUUGCAUUUCUGAAAGACUUAACAGUCAACUAUUCCUUUUAAUUGAAGACCUUGGAAAUUUUGCUUUAAUUUUUAAUUUUGUUUGGCAAUGUAUGAACUUUUUUAUUUAAUAUAAAGGCAGCUUUAUAAAGCUGAGCAAAAUGUAAAAAAAUAACUAUUUUUAAUUACUACAUUUCAAACAACUCUUUUCAAUGGAAAGGAAAGGGUGUUACUUCACAGUUUUUGAGCAAUAAUUACUAUACAUAUGUAAAAUAUACAGUUAAAUACAUACGUUGUUUGAUUAAA